GUUCAAGAACUUGAAAUAUAGGGGUGGGGAAAGAGAAGGGGAAAAAAAAAAUCAAAACCAAAAAGGAAGGAAAGAAGGAGCCGUCAGAGGAGGAAGAGCAACCCCAGCGCAGGAGGCAAAGAAGACGGGGAUAACCCUGGUCAUCGCUGCUGCUCCUGCCGCCCCCACCCCUGCUCGGGGAUGUACCUUUCCAUUUGUUGCUUCUUCUUCUGCUGGGCUCCCGCCCUAUCGCUGAAGAACCUGAAUUACUCGGUGCCGGAGGAGCAGGGAGCGGGCACGGUCAUCGGGAACAUCGGGCGCGAUGCGCGGCUGGCGGCAGGCGCGCCGGGAGGCGGGAUGCUGCCCGCGGAGCGUGGCGUUCCCGGCGGCGGCCCCGGGGGCGGCCGCGGCCCCAAGUCCACCUUCCGGGUGCUGGAGAAUUCAGCCCCACACCUCCUGGACGUGGACGGGGAGAGCGGGCUGCUCUACACCAAGCAGCGCAUUGACCGUGAGGCGCUGUGCCGGCGCAGUGCCAAGUGCCAGCUGUCCCUCGAGGUGUUCGCCAAUGACCAGGAGAUCUGCAUGAUCAAAGUGGAGAUUCAGGACCUGAAUGACAACGCACCAUCAUUCCCCUCUGACCAAGUGGACAUGGACAUCUCUGAAAAUGCUGCACCAGGCACCCGCUUCCCCCUCACCAGCGCCCACGACCCAGACGCUGGGGACAAUGGUCUGCGCACCUACCUUCUCACUCGUGACGACUACGGCCUCUUCUCCCUCGAUGUGAAGUCCCGUGGUGAUGGCACAAAGUUUCCAGAGCUGGUCAUCCAGAAGCCAUUAGACCGUGAGGAGCAGAGUCACCACACCCUGGUGCUGACGGCAUUGGAUGGUGGUGACCCACCACGCUCAGGCACGGUGCAGAUCAAUGUGCGCCUCAUUGACUCCAAUGACAACAGCCCCAUCUUUGAGGCAGCCUCCUACGUGGUAGAGCUGCCAGAGAACGCACCACUAGGCACGGCAGUCAUCGACCUCAAUGCCACUGAUGCCGAUGAGGGUACCAAUGGAGAGGUGCUCUACUCCUUCAGUGGCUACGCACCUGAGCGCGUCCGUGACCUGUUUAGCAUCGACCCACAGAGCGGCCUCAUCCGUGUCAAGGGUAACCUGGACUAUGAGGAGAGUGGCCUCAUUGAGAUUGAUGUCCAAGCUCGGGACCUGGGGCCAAAUCCCAUCCCUGCUCACUGCAAGGUCACUGUCCGCCUCAUCGACCGCAACGACAAUGCUCCCACCAUUGGCUUUGUCUCCGUUCGCCAGGGAGCUCUGAGUGAGGCUGCCCCACCAGGCACUGUCAUUGCCCUGGUGCGGGUCACCGACCGUGACUCAGGCAAGAACGGGCAGCUCCAGUGCCGGGUGCUGGGCGGUGGCGGCGGGCCUGGUGCCGUUCCUUUCACCCUGGAGGAGAACUAUGACAACUUCUACACUGUGGUCACUGACCGACCCCUGGACCGUGAGACACAGGAUGAGUACAAUGUGACCAUCGUGGCACGUGAUGGGGGCAAUCCCCCACUUAACUCCACCAAGUCAUUUUCUGUCCGGAUCCUUGACGAGAAUGACAACCCACCCCGCUUCAGCAAGAAUCUUUAUGUGUUGCAGGUGCCUGAGAACAACAUCCCUGGAGAGUACCUGGGCUCAGUCUUGGCCCAGGAUCCUGACUUGGGCCAAAAUGGGACAGUGUCUUACUCCAUUCUGCCUGGGCAUGUGGGAGAUGUCUCCAUCUACACCUAUGUCUCUGUCAACCCCACAAAUGGUGCUAUUUACGCUCUGAGGAGCUUCAAUUAUGAGCAGACAAAGCACUUUGAGUUCCGCGUGCUGGCCAAAGACUCGGGUUCACCCCACCGUGAAAGUAAUGCCACAGUGCGCGUCACCGUGCUCGAUGUCAACGAUAAUGCACCCCUCAUCGUCCUGCCUGCCCUCAUCAAUGACACUGCUGAGCUGCAGGUGCCACGCAAUGCUGGGGUGGGCUACCCCGUGGGCACCGUCCGCGCCCUGGACAGUGACUUUGGGGAGAGUGGGCGCCUCACGUAUGAGAUUGUGGAAGGCAAUGAGGAGCACCUCUUUGAGAUGGACCCCACCAGUGGUGAGAUACGCACCUUGCACCCCUACUGGGAGGAGCUCAGCCCUGUGGCUGAACUGGUGGUAAAAGUCAGUGACCAUGGCAAGCCCAGCCUCUCCGCUGUGGCCAAGCUCAUAGUCAGGGCCUUGGCGGGGCCCCUGCCCGAGGCUGGCGAGCCGCAGGUGAACGGCGAGCAGCAUCGGCGGCCGCACUGGGACUUGUCGCUGCCGCUGAUUGUGACACUGAGCACUGUCUCCAUCAUCUUGCUGGCUGCCAUGAUCACUAUUGCUGUGAAGUGCAAGCGAGAGAACAAGGAGAUCCGCACCUAUAAUUGUCGCAUUGCCGAGUAUAGCCACCCUCAGCUGGGAGGAGGGGGAGGCAGUGGCGGGGGAGGAGGAGGCAGUGGCAGUGGAGGGGGCAAGGGCAAGAAGAAGAAGAUCAGCAAGAAUGACAUUAUGCUGGUGCCCAGUGAGGGCGAGGACAGCCGGGGUCCCCUCAAUGUCAUGAACGUGGUGAGCAGCCCAUCCCUGGCCACCUCACCCAUGUACUUUGACUACCAGACCCGCCUGCCCCUCAGCUCUCCCAGGUCUGAGGUGAUGUACCUGAAGCCCGCCUCCAACAACCUGACUGUACCCCAGGGACAUGUGGGCUGCCACACCAGCUUCACAGGGCAAGGGACUAACGCCAGCGAGGCUCCCCCGAGCCGGAUGUCCAUAAUUCAGACAGACAAUUUUCCCGCAGAGCCCAAUUACAUGGGCAGCAGGCAGCAGUUUGUUCAAAGUAGCUCCACGUUCAAGGAUCCAGAAAGAGCCAGCUUGAGGGACAGCGGGCAUGGGGACAGUGAUCAGGCUGACAGUGACCAAGACACUAACAAAGGCUCCUGCUGUGACAUGUCUGUUAGGGAGGCACUCAAGAUGAAAACUACUUCAACUAAAAGCCAGCCACUUGAACAAGAACAAGAAGAAUGUGUUAACUGCACAGAUGAAUGCAGAGUGCUUGGUCAUUCUGACAGGUGUUGGAUGCCACAGUUCCCUGCAGCCAGUCAGGCUGAGAAUGCAGAUUAUCGCACAAAUCUCUUUGUACCCACAGUUGAAGCUAACGUUGAGACUGAGACAUAUGAAACUGUGAAUCCCACUGGGAAAAAGACUUUUUGUACAUUUGGGAAAGACAAGAGAGAGCACACUAUUCUCAUUGCCAAUGUUAAACCUUACUUAAAAGCCAAACGUGCCCUGAGUCCUCUGCUUCAGGAGGUUCCCUCAGCAUCGAGCAGCCCAACCAAGACAUGCAUUGAGCCUUGCACCUCAACAAAAGGACCACUGGAUGGUUGUGAAGUGAAAUCAGGAGCCUUGGCUGAACCAAGCAGCCAGUACUUGUCAACUGACAGUCAGUAUCUAUCGCCCAGUAAACAGUCAAAGGACUCUUCCUUCAUUGCAUCAGAUCAGAUGGCUAGGGCCUUUGCAGACGUGCACUCCCGAGUGAGCCGAGACUCCAGUGAGAUGGACUCUGUUCUGGAGCAGUUAGACCGUUCAGCCCGGGAUCUAGGCAGGGAGUCGGUGGAUGCCGAGGAAGUUGUGAGAGAAAUAGACAAGCUCUUGCAGGACUGUCGGGGAAGUGACCCUGUGGCCAUCAGAAAGUGAGGGGGAAAAUAAGGACAGGCUGGCAGUUGCAUUCCUCUUCUGCUGAUUCAAAGUAAAUAAAUAAAUUCCCUGGUUGUAACAGAAUUACAGGAAUGAAGGAAGACCAAUGCUGCUUUAAGGCUUUUAGUGAACAUCUGAAGUGCCCACAAGUAUGUUCUUUUCACUGCUCUUUCUUUUUGACAGAUAACACUGGUUUCAUUGUGACCAAACUUUCAUUAGGACAGAGUCAAGUACACCAAGAACAAAAUGAAAGAAGGAAAGACAGUGCCAUUUUGACAAUCUGAUAGGAAGGUGUGAGAAAGAUGGAAUGGAAAUACGUCUGAUACUUUAAGACUGUCCUCAAUAGCUGAUGCUGACUUUACUGUUUACGUAUAAACCCCAAGAAAAACAGGGUUGAAUAAUGCUGAUCUGUGGUGAAUUUCCAGCAGCCACCACAGGCUUCUACUGAAAGUCCUAUAAAGAGUUCUUGUAGUAGUCCAAGCGACACCAAACAUUAACAUUCAUUUGUGGUAAACAUUUAUGUAUGAAAUUAUCUGCCACAAAUAUGAAAUACGAAAAAAAAAGAAAAAAAAGAACAAUAAAACAAAAAGAACCAUUCCAGAUCAUUAUUCAAGAAAACAUAUCCUCAUCAUUAAUGAAACACUACAUAUCAUAUUAAGGUUAAAUGUAAAAUUAUAUAGUCCAUCUUGUCCUGCACACACAUAAGCGAAUUCACUUGAUAAAAUGAAAAAAAAAAAGAUUUUAAUAUCUAUUUAGCAUUUUAGUGUCCAACAAAGCUAUAAAUAGUUAGUGAUAAGUUAAAAAAAAAAGAAAAGGAAGUGAUGUAAAGUUUUGGAAGAAAAGAGUUACCGUAAUGGUAAUACAGAAAAGAAAUUAACAUUAUUAACACUUUUUUAUUCAUUUGUGGACACUAAAAUAGCUCAGGAAAGUGAAAAUGUCAGACAUCCACAAAAAUCACAUGGUCAUUUAAAUGUGCAAAUGUAAGAAGAUUCAGUGUGUUUACAUCAAAUGACAUAUUUUUAUUGAUUUAUUGCAGAUUCAGUGCAUAUGAGCCAAAUUGUUGAGUGUAUAAGAGCUAUAUUGUGUAUUUUAUUAAAUUAAUAUAUAGUUGUGUUGCAAAAAUAUUUGGGCUUAUAUUGUAAAUGGCAAGUGUUGCCUCAGUAGCUGUCGAACUCUAUGAGUUUUGUUUUUUCCUGCUUCCUUUUCCCCAUGGAAUAUGGGAAGCAGCGCCUCAGAGCAAAGUCUCUUGUUUAAUGUAUGGUCUACGAAGUACUGCAGUACAUAAUCUGUUCAAAAUAUGUUUGAGUGAGCUGAUGGAGCUAACUGAACAGCCUACAAAUACAUCCAUCAGUCAUGGUUAUGUGCAAGUCCUUGUAGAAGCUUCUAUUGCAAGCCCAUGUUUAAUAACGAAAAUUACACUCAAACCAACAUCUGGAACCUCCUUGGGUUUGGUUUUUUUUUUCCCCAACACAUGCAGCCAGCCUGUUCAAUGUAGGAUAUUUGAUUGAAUUCUUCAGAGAUGCCACCAUUUAAAAAGUUUUGAUGUUAAGUUUAUAGAGCUGAAAAUCAUGUCAGAGCCAAUGUGGCAUGAGCAGUAUUUUAUCUGAUUAUUUAGAAUGUGCAGUAGCUUACUGCAGUUCUAGAUAAAUACUGCUUAUUCUGGGGGGUGUUUUUAGUCAGGUUUUCAUUUGAUCUGAAUAAUAUUUGCAGAAUAACUUAAAAUAACUUGGGAUGUAGCUUCUACUUUUUAUUAUUGUUUCUUAAGAAUGUUUUUAUUGCAUUUGAAAAAUUCAAAAUUGAAUGAAACUUGGAAAAGAACAAAUGAACUUAAACAGUACAAGAAGAAACAGAAGAAUAAAAUGUUUAGCUCAGGAUUUGUCCCUUAUAUACUUUAGAUACUCUGCUGGAAAUACCACUAGGGCACAUUGUUUAAAAACUAUUAAUUUGGUAUCUUAAAUUUAAUCUGUACUAUAAAAACAUUUAUUAAAAGGGUUGGCAAUCUGAAAUACCACAAGCCAUAGUUUUUUUAUCAGUGCAAAAACAAAAGUUUACCCAACAGCCUAUUUUGGCCUAAGGAUUGCAUUUAAAUGGUGAUUUUAGCUAGUCAGUCCUACAAUGAAUUGUCUUUGGGAAACACCAAUUCUUCCAGUUUAGUUUGCUUUUAGCUCCUGUUAAAAAAUGUCUACAAGUACAUGCAAAAGGAAGGAUCUUGUACAUGUCUUAUCAAGCUACUCUCCAUGUUUUGGACAAUUUAUGUAUCUAAAACGUGGUGUUGUCUGUGUUAUAUAAUUUUGUUUCCUUUUUUUUUUUUUGGCCAGGAGACCCGAGAUUGGUUUUGCUUGAUAGCUUGAUAGCUUGAAAUUCCAUAGUGGAGAGGAUUCUUAUUGUUUGAUCAGUCUCUUCUACGUAUUUCUGUGGUGCCCAUCACUUCAGUGUCUGUGCACCAAGUCUUUAGCUCUGCCAGUGAAAUCCAUUAUUCAGCAAAAUCUACGCCAGUAUGUAAAUGCAGUCAAGUGAUGGAGAUUUGUGUAUUUUAUAAAUGAUUUUAACACUGAGUAACCAAUUGUACAAUUCAUUGUAUGUUUCUGAAGACAUAAAAAACCACAACAUUCUGAGAAAGGGCUGUGCCAAUGUAAGAGGAAUUUACCUUAAGGCUCUCUGUCACUAGUGAUUUACUAGCUUUAGCUGUUUAACACAUUAUCUGUAUUUAGUAGUGAUUAUUUAUUUACCACUCUGAGGUAUUCAGAAUUCAUGACUCACAGCUUUAUAGAAGAAUUUAGGAAAUCUUGCUUUUAUUUAAUUUGUCUUUCAACUGCCUUGUUUUGUAGAACUCUGGCAUACUGCUUCCCAGUAUAAGAUUAUCCCAGGUUAAAAAAUUUAUUUCACAAUUUAGAAUGGAUACAUAAUGAACCACUAAACCAGCAGAGCUUAUACAAUGUGAGUUUUGCUGGUUCAGUCAAAAUUAACAUGAUUGUGUGUGAAGGACAUACUGCACACAAAAGAUUUUAAAGUGUUUUUUGUCUUCGUGAUAUCUCUACUAUCACCAUUGGAGAAAGAGGCAGGAAUGAAAGAUAAAGUUUAUGAGUUAUUUCUCUCAUUUUUUACACACAUGCUUUAUAAGACUGAAAGGAAAUAUCUGUCACAAGAGUAUAAAAGGAAAGUUGAAGCUAAGAGUGGCAAGUAAAGCAACUAAUAAAUUUGUACUGUACACUGUGAAUAGCGAAUAAGGCAUUCUGUAUCUUUUUUUAAUUAAAACAAGCCAGCAACUGGGAGUUCCUUAUACGAUUGGCCAAUCAAAUCAGAUCUCAAAAUCAGACCUUUCUUUUUUCACUUUUUUUCCUUUAAUUGGCAUAUUUAUCAGGAUUCUCUUGAACCGUGAUUUACCACUUAAAGAUAGAGGUUUUCCAAUCCAAGUUACCCCUAGAAGUCAAACUUUGUUCAUAGUGGAGCAAGAUACACCAUUCAAACAAGCUUUCAUGUUGCUUGCUGUCAAAUGGAAGGGAAAUUGCUGAGGUCAAGGAGGAGUCUGAAGCCUAGCAUAACAUACACCCACUCAUUAUUGUUUAAUUGCUUUCUUUUGACAUCAGGCAGCAGUUAUUAUUGCAUUAAUUUAAAUGGGAGUUUUGGCUAUCAAGAUUUGUUGACUUGAAGUGUAAUUGAAUGAAAUCUGAUUAAGGUUUUGACUUCUCUGGCCCAAUUGUGAUACAGGUUGGCAUUCUCAUUUAUCAGCCCCUGUCUCCCCAUAUGGCUCAAAGUUGCACCAAUGACUGGUGAAUGACACAAAAAAACCAAACAAAAGCAGCAUACAUUGUAUGGAUUUUUCUCAACCGCUAUUGUUUAAUGGCUGUGUUUAAUGUGACCUAUCUGGAAAAUGAGGACUACGAAUAAAAAGCGAUUACUAAUA